ACGAGUCUGUUUAGUUCGCGAAGGCGCUUCUGUCUAGCAGUGCUUCCGUGAGCUUCCGCCUUCCAUGUGCGCUGCAUAGAUGUGCUUCUCGCGCUAUUCAGCCAGUAACCGCGGUACGGCUCCUACAGCUCUGGCAUGGCCAACCCUCCCCACGACCCGUUCUACUCCUCGCCGUUCGGACCCUUCUACCGAAGGCACGCGCCAUACAUGGUGCAGCCGGAGUACCGGAUCUACGAGAUGAACAAACGGCUUCAGUCGCGAGCAGAGGAGAGUGAUAAUCUCUGGUGGGACGCCUUUGCUACGGAGUUCUUUGAGGAGGACGCCACACUCACUCUUUCCCUCUGCCUAGAAGAUGGCCCCAAGAGAUACACGAUCGGACGGACGCUCAUCCCUCGUUACUUCAGUACAGUGUUUGAGGGCGGAGUCACGGAGCUGCACUACAUCCUCAAACACUCCAAAGAGUCCUUCCACAACGCCAGCAUCUCCAUCGACUGCGACCAGUGUACCAUGGUCACCCAGCACGGCAAGCCCAUGUUCACCAAGGUCUGCACAGAGGGGCGUCUGAUCGUGGAGUUCUCGUUUGAUGACCUCAUGCGUAUUAAGAUGUGGCACUUCACCAUCAGGCAGCACCGAGAGCUCAUUCCCCGGAGUAUCCUCGCCAUGCACGCCCAGGACCCCCAGGCUCUGGAGCAGCUUUCCAAAAACAUCACCAGGAUGGGCCUGACCAACUUCACACUCAACUACCUCAGGUUGUGCGUAAUCCUGGAGCCCAUGCAGGAGCUGAUGUCGAGGCACAAGACGUACAACCUGAGUCCACGCGACUGCCUCAAGACCUGCCUCUUCCAGAAGUGGCAGAGGAUGGUGGCCCCUCCAGCUGGACCCCCUCAGAACUUCAAAUCGGAGAUAUUCUCCUCCAAUCACAAGAAAGCAGAACCGGCCAGGCAGACCACCACCAAGAGGAGGAAGAGGAAGAAUUCCGCUAGCUCCGCCUCCAACAGUAGCCUUGGCAACAGCACCAACAGUAAGAAGCGCAGUCCAGCCAACAACUUCAACUUAUCCAGCCAGGUACCUGAUGUGAUGGUGGUGGGAGAGCCCACGCUGAUGGGCGGUGAGUUCGGAGACGAGGACGAGCGCCUGAUCACGCGUCUGGAGAACACGCAGUACGACGCCACCAACGGCCUGGAGGACGACGCCCACUUCGGACACUCGCCCGCCCUGCCCAGCAACGGGCCCUGGAGCGCCAAGCCGCCCCCGUCUGGACCCGACCCCAAAAAUGACAGUGCACCACCUCAGACCCCCCAGUGAGACACACACACACACACACACGCACACAGACACACUCACACAGACACACACUUACACACACACACACUCACACACCAACCAAACACAACUGACCGUCUGAAUCCUCUUCCUGGUUUGGAGUUGGAGGAUUCCAGGCCCACUUUGAUCAUGGCAGUCAGAACCACCCUGACCCCAUCAGAGACCAGUGGACCUUCACUACUUCCUGUCCGAUCUGAAGACUUGGCCUUCAGCUGCAGGGACGUCUUGUGACCUCAUCUCAUUCCUUCACGGUGGGAGCUGUGUGUGCAGCAGUGGCUGAUCUGGAGCCCCUGCGGAUGUGAUCAGGUGAACCUGUGCAACUCCCCCAGCCCCUGCGGAUGUGAUCAGGUGAACCUGUGCAACUCCCCCAGCCCUUGCGGAUGUGAUCAGGUGAACCUGUGCAACUCCCCUAGCCCCUGCUGAUGUGAUCAGGGGCGGAUGUGAUCAGGUGAACCUGUGCAACUCUUGGAGGACUCUUCAGCUGGUCAGCCAUGAUGAGUGAAUGUCCUCUCGCCCUUUAAAGACGCAUGUCCCCUGCGCUCGCUUUUAGAACACUCGUCCCAAACUGUCCCUCUCUGAUGAACUCUUCCCGAACUGUCCGUCUGGGAAGACUUUGUGGUCUCUUGAGGUCUCUGCAUGUUCUUCAUGUGUCCACCAUAGGGUGUCUUUGUUCAGCCAUUUCUAUUUCAGUACUUCUGAUGUCCCCAGACCUCAGUGUGGGAGCCUUUGGGUCUUUACUUUGCUCUUUAGAUUUGUAGUUUUGUAAAUAGAAAUAGACUUCUGACCCUUAAACUGAACUAUCUAUGGCAGCUGUGUGUGUGUGUGUGUGUGUGUGUGUGUGUGUGUGUGUGUGUGUGUGUGUGUGCGUGUGUGGCAGCUAUGGCAGCUGCUUAAAGCCCUUUGCUGGUGGUGAUGAUGCUGGUGAUGACCCUACAGAGCGUUGUGGUCUUGCUGAUUUGACCUUUGACUCCCUGGUCAGUAAUGUCAGUCAUGACUCCCUGGUCAGUAAUGUCAGUAAUGACUCCCUGGUCAGUAGGGUCAGUAAUGACUCCCUGGGGACUCCCAGCUGUGGUGGUAAGAUGACAUCACUCCAAGCAAAGGCCUGUGACAUCACACACCAGUUCCUUUUUGGGUUAUUUUUCUUUAUCCUUUCAACAGCCACGGGCAGCCGUGGCCCACUGGUUAGCACUCUGGACUUGUAACCGGAGGGUUGCCGGUUGGAGCCCCGACCAGUGGGCCGCGGCUGAAGUGCCCUUGAGCAAGGCACCU